CACGGGUAAGAGAGAAUUCAUACCGGCCCUGGAGCAAAUCUUUCAUAAACUUCAACUAGAUAAACUAGAUCACUAUUAUUUAAUAGCAGGGGAUCUAAAUGCCAAGCACACAUCCUGGGGGAACAACAUAAAUAACAACAGAGGCACCACACUCCACAGAUGGAUAUCAGACAACCAGCUACAAUACAGAAUAGACAUAAAAAGUACAAACACCGCCUCCUACCCCAAAGGAAAUUCUUACAUAGACGUAGCCACCUCAGACAACAGAAUACAGUACACAAACUUAAUUAACAAUAAUAUCGACAGCCUCAAAUACGACAGCGAUCACAGAGCACUGACUAUGACCAUAAAACUAGACAACACGCCACUCAUAGACUUCGACAAAAACGACCGAACCGGCAAACAUAAUUUUAACAAGGCUGAUUGGUCUAAGUUUAAAAAACACUUACUAAACAUCACACGCAUAAACAUACCUAACACCCGGAAUCUACACUCAAACGAAAUAGACACAUACAUCAACACCAUCAACCACAACAUAAGCACAGCAAUAGAACACACAAUACCAAUAUACAAACAAAACACAAACUCAACAGAAAAGUUCAUAAACACAGAAAUAAAACAGCUAAGAAAACAAAAAAGCAGAAUACUCACACUAUUAAACAAUCACACUAGACACAAAACCACACACGAAACAAACACCAUACUAGUCGCACACUUAAAAAAAUUGCUCAAGAACACGAGAUACCUGAUAAAACUUGAAUUCCAAACAUCGGUAAACAGUUACUGGCGACAGAAAAUAAACAACAUAUCGUUAAAAAACUCCAAGGAGAUGUUCCCACAGAUAAACAGCCUAUUCAAACCAAGAAAACACACACAAAUAGACGCCCUAACCAUUCCAACACACUCAAACCUACUCCAAAAGGCAGACAUAGACACAUCAACACUAAACACGGACAACAAAGGAAACUACAUCAUAGACAACCAACCAGACAAGCUAAAUAUCCUAGGAGCACACUUCCAAACAGUACACACACAAAACACCCACAUGGGCAAACAACACCUAAACAACAUA